AUGGAGUGUAAAAAAAUUGCUGUGUGGGGACAAAUUGCACUUGAAGGGAAAUCAAAGUUACAGGUCUUGUUUUCAUUCAUCAUCACCGUGGCCAAACUUUUGCAGCUUUGUGGAAGGGUUACGGGAUUCUGCGGCUUGGAGUUUGUUAGUGAGGGUGGGGACUAUAUUGUACUUCAUUCAGGCCCUUGUUUAGGUAAUGUGAAAAAUGAUUUUCAUGAAUUAAAGGGUGACAAGGGCAUGGUCAACUCUACCGCUGAAGUUUCUCGUGCUUUGGUGGGAGAUGUUGGUGUGAGUGGGACAAACUCGUCGGAAGUGUUAUUAGGUGAAAUGAAGAUCAGUGGGGGGAACGGUGGAAAAGGAGGAGGUAGUGGCGGAGGUGGAGGAAAUGGAGGUGGAGGAGGUGGACAUAAAGGGCGAAAAGGAAAGGGUGGAGGAAGUGGCGGUGGAGGUGGGGGUGGAGGAGGUUCAGGUGGUGGAAGAGGAGGAGGAGGAGGAAAUGGACAAGGUCAUGAAUGGGGUGGAGGAAGUGGUGGAG